AUGGGCUCUAACGACAAGAAAUUGGCAAAUGCCGCGUCAUCCUUGAUGGACAAGGGUCACUCUCGGAGCCAGAAACGUCACUGCUGGGAAUGCCUAAGACGCCGUUUGGUGUGCGAUUCGACGCACCCUGUAUGCAAGAGGUGCUCCAUCGCCGGGGUGGUCUGUCCCGGCUAUGAGAAUACCCAGCCUCUCAAGUGGCUUGCUCCAGGGAGAGUCAAAGUCCGGAACAGGAGGCCGAAAGCGACCAGCUCGGCGAAGGUCGCCAAAAAUAGUUGUAAGGCUGUGGUGACCGCCCGGACUGGGACACGAUCACCGCCUUUUAUAGAUGUGAUCUGGAAUUGGCCUCCUGAAUUGAAGGCUGAGGCAUUUAUAUUCUCCGAAGCCGCAGAAUAUUACAACACCUGCAUCUAUCAAGACCUGGUACCCAUUCACGACCUUGCUUAUAAUGAUGCUGUCUUCCCAAUCACAAGAGAACACCUUCAACAUGCCGCUCGGGUGCCAAAUUACAUCAAAUAUAUAUUUGUGUGCGUGUCACUCAGCCAUCGGAUCAAUAGAACGCGAAACGAUCCUGAACUCAAGACACUCGUCCAAAGAAUAUGGGAAUAUCGUGGUAUAGUUAUCCGAGGUCUCCGAGAGGACAUAGUGGAAGGAAGCAAACGGCGUUUCGAUAUCAUCCUCGCAGGAAUCAUCUCUCUUUUACUGGUAGAUGCUCAGCAAGGCUCCUCUCCAGAUUGGCUAUGCCACAUCGACAUGAUACAGGCCCUUAUAUCAAUGCGAGGCGGGUUUCGCGCCGCCUGUACUCCAUCGCUCGACCCCGUGAUUCUCUGCUUCUUUUACGUUUUGGCACUUGGAAACACGACAUCCCCGGCAUCCUCACUUGCCAUGACUCGAUCGAAUGUUGAAGACCUCGACUUCAUCAUAGAGCGCUAUGGUGAUCGGACGUUCCAGUUCCACCUCCUGCCACCGCCUCUAUUUGCUGAGAUUGUCCGAAUAAAUCACCUCCGUAUGCGAGCCGCGUCCGGCAUGGUAGGGGAGGACCUGUGCCAAGAAGCGUAUGAGAUCUUGGCGCGGAUAGAAGCCUUCUCAUCCGACAGCUGGGCCGAUUCCAAGCCUGCUAUGAAUCGUGAAUGGGCUCUGGUGGCCCUCUCGACACAGGCGGCUGCAGCGCUGUACUGCAUAGCCUCGCUACAGAGCCUUGGCGUGCUUCCACUCUCCGAUAUAUUGGAAGCGUGCCGGAUUGAACACGGGAUUUCAUUGCAUGCCUACCUCAAGGAGGCGCUUCCGUCAAUUAGGAUCAGGAGAUUUGUUGGCUGGCCACUUUACGUCCUUGGAAUGGAAGCCGCGAAUAGUUGUGGAGGCAUGAAAGAUUUUGUUAGGGAUGAGCUGGUAGGGAUGAGUUACCACAUCGGCACGAACACGCCGUUGGUGGCCAAGGAGCUCCUGGAGAGGUUCUGGGCUUCAGGUGAUUCAAGAUGGGACUCGUGUUUCGAUAAACCAUACCCUCUGGCGACUCCGAUUGCUAUUGAUGUGAGUGGGAUAAUAUAA